UUUUUUAAUAAAUCUAUGGCUUCAACUUCUAAUAAUUCUCGCAAUUGUCCAAAAUAUGCAGUAGUACAUUUACCUGAAGGAACUAAUGUUCUUAAUUUCUACCAAUUAUUGUUGUCUAAUGGUUUUUCUGAAGUUUCUUUUGUAAAUGCAAUUCGAGAAAAUGCUUUUUUGCCAUCAAUUAUGGGAGGGAAUAGUGGUAGUUUAACUUCAACUGGACACAAAAAUGAUUUGGCAAAUAUAAAUAUUAUUCCAACAAAUGAAACGACAAAUCCAACAAUUGAAAAAGUUGUUGAUUCUGUAGCAAAAAUAAGUAAUCCAACAUUUACUAUUUCUUCAUCUCCAAUUCCACAAAUAACAAUAAAUAAUGGCCAACAACAACAACAGAAAGAAAAAACAUUAAAAGACAUAGCCUUAAUUAAAAUGUUUGGAGAAAGAAAUUUAUUAAAUGAAAACCAGCAACAAAAUGUUUUAAUUAAAACAAAAAAUAAUAACAAUAUCCAAACAAUUUGUGGAAUAAAGAAAAAUAAUAUUUUGCCGAUAAUUAAUGAUAAUAAUACAAAUUCUGUUGAUUUUUAUUCUGUUUGUGCUUUAUGUAAAAGCAGACUUUUAUCUACCCGCCUUAGCAAUCUUGUAAAUCACGUUCGUCGACAUGCUACAAUAAAACAAUAUAGGUGUAAAGUUUGUAAUUAUGAACAUAUAGAAAUGGGAAAAGUUCGUUUACAUAUGUUAAAAGCACACAAAGAUUCGAGUUCGCCUGUGGAUAGAUUAAAUUUUGAAAUGCAGAUUGAAUGGGGAAUGUUGAUGGAGAAAUGUUUUCCAGAACAUGCAAAGAGAUUUGGUUUAACAUCAACAGCUACAAAUUCUCCUCGGAAUUCAGAAAAUAUACAAAAAUUUAUUGACGUAAAUCUAAAUUAUACUUGUACUGUUUGUGGUGAAUUAGUGAUUGGUAGUCAAUUAAUUAAUCAUAUAGAGGAUAUUCACAAUUCUGAAUGUAUUGACUUUAUUUGUGGGGAAUGUGGAUACGAAAAUGAAUCCAAAAAUAAUUUAAUUUUUCAUAUAAAUUCCCAACAUAAAGAGAAGGCAACCAAAGUUAUUUUGGAACAAAAGAAAACUACAAGGAAUUUUGUGCAUUUUUUAAAGAAAUUUUUUGCAAAUGUUAAUAUUCCCAAUCGAGAAGAGGGUAAUUCAAAAUAUUUGUUAGAACCUGAAGAAAUUGGUGAAGGGAAGGAAAAAGAAAUUAAAUUGGAAGGGCAAUUAAUUAAUUUAAGUGAAGAUGAAGAAGAAUUAAAAUUGGAAUUGGAAGAUAAUUUUGAUAAUUAUUUGGAAGGAGAGGAGGGGGAAGGGGGAGAUGGAGGAGAGGAAGGAGGAAAGAGAAAAGAAGAAAAUAAUAAUUUAAAUAUUUUGGAAUGUUGUUCUAAUUUAAUUUUAAAUGAACAAAAUAAUGAGAAAAUUCUUUCAAAUGAAAUUAAAGAAGAAAAAAUGGAUGAAGAAGAAGAAAAAGAAAUUAUAAUAACACAUUCACCCCCUAAAAAACAAAGAAAGGAGCAACAGCAAAAUAUUACUUUACGUCAAAGUAAUAGAGUUUUAUUAAAGCAACAACAAAAUGAGAAAAAAUAA